UAUUAUUACUUUUAAAAAAUGCUGCAUUGAUCUUGAGAAAAGCGAGUGCUAAUUCUCCACGUUACGCUUUCCGCCAACUAGGUUCGUUGGCGUUGUUCAUCUUCCUGCACGCAACAUUUCCGCCAUUUUCCCCUCAGUUUUCUCGUCGGAGAGGCCUCUCCAGGUUACCGUCCAUGGCGUCGAAGCGGAUCCUGAAAGAGCUCAAGGAUCUCCAGAAAGAUCCUCCUACUUCCUGUAGCGCUGGUCCUGUGGCUGAAGAUAUAUUUCAUUGGCAAGCAACAAUAAUGGGCCCUCCAGACAGUCCUUAUGCAGGAGGGGUUUUUCUAAUUACUAUUCACUUCCCUCCCGAUUAUCCAUUCAAGCCUCCCAAGGUUGCUUUCAGGACAAAGGUUUUCCACCCAAACAUCAACAGUAAUGGUAGUAUUUGUCUGGACAUCUUGAAAGAGCAAUGGAGUCCAGCUUUGACUAUAUCAAAGCCAUGCUGCUUUUGUCAUCAAAAUCUUGAUGGGGAAGGAGAGGAUAGGUGACAGCAUGAUAUUCUGGUUAGAUUUCAAUUUUUAUGAAGUUAGUACUGUAAACUUACAAAGGUUACUUAGCAUUUAAGGGAUGCAUGUGUAUCAGUGGUCGCUGUCCAGUGUUGACAUGGGAAGCCUGGUCUAUAAUUCUGAGAGAGUCUAUUUCCCUCUGCUAAAAAUCCAGACACCUUUUUAAGAUUUGGAUGGUGUGCUGCAUCUUAUUUUAGAAUAUUGUGAUCAUUGUCUACUCUGCAGUGUCUUGGCAAACAUUAUUGAUACUCUGUCAACCAUUUUCUGCAUAACAAUUUCACUAUUUUCCUAGCUUUGAUUAAUGCCACAUGCAGUUUUUAAGUGGUUGGGAAGGGUUCUUGUU